UUGCGCGCCGCCGCCGCCGCGCCUCAGCUCCUAGAAGCGGUUGCAGGUGCAGGCGCCGUCGGUCCGUCCGUCAACCCGCCGUAAGAUGCGCUCUCAUCUUCUCCUGCUGCUGUCCUGUGCACUGGUGCUGUUCCACGGCGAAGGGCAGCCGGUAGAGGUCAGCGAGCUGCUCCGGGCACUGGACAAGGCGGUUGGCUUCUUUCAAAGAGAGUUUCGGCAGCUCAACCUGGACGGGGUGGUCGGUUUUGGCAUCUUAAAUGCCGAGUUGGGCGAGGCCUUACGACGGUGGCCUCACACAGAUCAUUCAAUGGACGCCAACAGUGCAGCCCAUGUCUCCAAAGUGAGGAAGCUGAUGCAGAGACUGGACGGUACCCUCCAGCAGGCAUCCUACACCCUACAGGAGAGCGAUCCAUCUUACUUCAGAGAAUUCGAGCCCAUUCUAGAGAGCGGCUUUUGGAGCCUCCCCAAAAUGUGGAACACGACCAGCCCACAUCUGGUCUACUCGGCCUUCCAGGAGGUGGCGUGCUUCAGUGAGCAGCUCAGUGACAAGUGCAUCGCUCUCCUGCUUGGAACCUGGAAAGACAAUGGAACUCCAUGUAUUGUCACAAACUCCUGCAGAAACCUGAUGACGAGGUUUGGAUGUGCCGAUUAUUCCCUCUCUCAUCAGCUGCUGUACUUUAUGAUUGGACAAAUGAAAGGCUGUUCAAACAUCCUGCAAGGAGAGCGCAGAGGGUCACGCAUCAACAUGACCGGACGCGAAUACGAAAGGAUCUUCUGCUCUAACAUGAUGAAACGGAACGUGGCCUUCGAAAACAGUGGAUUUCCAGUCGAGACGCACGACAUCUUUAUGGAGAACAUAAUGCUGUGUGGGAUGGCAGGCUAUUCUGAUUUCUACAAGUCCAGCUGGCUAAGGCGCAUCCUUGCAUGGCAGGACCCUGAAGAGGGCUGUUUUGGAAGACACGAGGGGCUGGCCAAGUCUCGUAUGCAGGAAAGGAAGGUUUUGGAGAUUAUGGAGCUUCAUAAGAGAGUGAAGAGGAGAGAAAAAACGCUGCAUGAUGGUUGUUCGAGUCACAUGACAGCAGUGGCAGUAAGUGCACUAGGAGGGUACCUGGACUACUACCAGACAGAACAGGACGUCACGAAGAGGCCACUGGCAUAGCUCACAGAUGAUGGUUCCUGACUUGAAGAAAUUUUGGGAGGGUGUGUUGUAUUCCAAUAAAAUUAAAAAGAAAAAGCACUUGAAAAUGAGCCGUUUUCCUUAUUCAAGUUGUAUACGUAGCCUUUUAAGCUCUCUCUCUAUCCUUGUAAAAAGGAAGCACCCUAUGUCCAGGUGAAUAGAGAAUAUUAUGCGAGGGUAAGUCAAUAAUAAUCCGCACUUCUGUGACCAUUUUGUUUAAAAAAGCUAUAGAUAGAUAAUUUAGCAUAGAUA